AUGUGUUGUGUGGACCAGGGGGUGUGUUGGAACGCCAAGGUGAGGAUCCGUCCGAGCCAUCCACCUGCGGCCUCUCUCGUCUCCGGUCUUCUUGACCCUGUCUUGACACCGGGCUCGGGCGAGGGAGGAGGAGAGAUUGUAGGUAGAUGCUACGCAAGUCUACCGGCACUUUAAACCCCUGCGUAAUUCACCGUCCCUGCUCCCACCGCUGCUGCUGCAUCUGUGGGUCACACGGUGGACAUCAUCGAAACCGAUGGUCGAACUGUCAUAACCCAUGACCUGGGACACCUUCCUGAAGCCGGUGAUGUAAGCGGAUCCCUUCUCAGCCGUGUCCGCCAACCUAGCACUUGUGUCUUCUAUACUAAGUGCGCCCCCUAAUGCCACCUAGAUCUUCAUUUCGUAUCGACAGCACAAAGUUUGUUAACCUCAAACUUGCACAAAUUUCUCAUCUAAUUUUUACAAUCCAAUUUUGUAACCGAUAUAGACUGGUAGCCUAACUCACGCAAUGUCGUCAGCGAAAUGUGUGUAGGUAGUAUGGUGUAUAUUUGUUGUUGAUAUUUUCCGAGCCUGAGGGCCGUUUACCAAUAUAUAAUUAAUUCUUAAUGUAUUUUAUGAAAGAAAACAGGUUAGUUUUCGACAAAAUUGGAUGUUCUCUUAUAUCCGAGUAAUUUCUAAUGCUUUUGGAUACCACACACCAAGACUUUUUGUUUAUAUAUGUUCUGCUGUAAUAGUACAUUAACAUGGGGUUUACGGAGUGCUGUAGGCGGGGCCCCACCUUGUAGUUGUAUGGUCGCACAGCGUUCAUCGAUGCGUAUGCAUGAGCACUGAACAAUCUUGCCCUGCCGAACAUUUAAUGUCAGCAAUAACCAUGCACCAAUAUGCGACAUAGGCAACACCAAGGGGAGCCUGGUAGUGAGAAGCAACCACAGGCAGUACAUGAGAGUCCCUGUAAGACGUAUCGAUGGUCCUCGUGCCCACUUCCUUUUUCACCUUCUCUCUACACCCAUCUCUAAUCUCUAGUUCCAUGAAGUCGUGAUUAUUACGGUGGUCACACCUCGGUAACCAUUUUUGACCGGCAAAAUAGAUCACAUGGGGGUGCCUGUACACCCGAUGUUCCCGAAGUGGUAUCCAAACGCCCUCUCCGAUCCCAUACAGAGGCUCUGUGGUGAGGGCGAAAUGUGAUCCAGCAGGCAGCUCAGGCUAAGUUGGGUGAUCUUCCCACUAAACCGAAGUCGUGAUUCAUAGUCGAGAACGGCGGCUGCAAAAGAUAACUAGGCAGUAUUAUUCAGGGGUAGAAUAGCCCCCUCCCCUUCACUGUGAGGGGCUAAGAAAGGUGUCCUAAAUAUUUCUAUAAAAUCACUCCUUCGACAAACUGAUUGUAUUCAGUGGACUUAAAAUAUGUAGUCGAAAAGCUGCAACAAAAUUAGAGGCUCACGCCUACUUCCCUCAAUAAACUGAACUGAACCGAAUAUGACUUUCCCACGCCCGUGCCACCCCACAAGCUGCUACAGUAAUGCCACUCAAUCUAGGGGUCUGUCGUGUUCGUUCCCUUUCGGCAGUCCCGUGGCUAAUCGCCGAAAACGAAAACGGCUCUGAUCACUUGCGAAUGGAUCCGUCACAAAGCAGGCAUUGCGGCCGCCAGUGAGACCUGCUUUGUGCAGGAUCAGCUAGAAGAUGUAGGCGCUAGAUGAGCCAUAUACUGCGGCAGACCCCAAGAGCAGAGCGACGAGAAAUCGGAAUGGUUUUUGCUGUCAAGAAUGGCGUCGUGACACGGCUGUUCUGUCUGCCAUGGGUCGUUAGUUACCGUCUCAUCGCUAUGAGGCUGCCAUUCCACAUGAAUGAAUUGGCCAUAACCGUCGUCCAAGCAAUUGUCCCCUCAUUUACUAACUCAUAUGCCUUGACGAACAAAUUCUCUGAUGACUUGCACACCUUCCUGGCAGCUGUUCCGGAUACGAACGACGAUACAGAAUAUGCUGUCUGUGAGGGGAUGCUCGGUAGCUAUGGAAUCUACCGUUGAAACAGCAAUGGCCUACCCGUCUUGCAGGUCUGUAUGAAACACCAUCUUAUAUUCAUCAAUACCCUCUCUCUUUCAGUGCGGGGAAAGUGACGUGGGUGUACCACUGACCGUAUCACUGGCAUCCGACUUACCGGGUGAUAGUUCUCAGGCGUGACCAGCGUAACGUGUUCAUAAAUAAGGCGAUUGGUGCUACUGACUGCCGGGCGUGUUAGCGCCUUGGCAUCUCCGAGAUCGGCUUUGACCGCAAUCACGCAGACUAUUGCAAGUUGGGAAAAUAUCAAAUAAGGUAAGUGCUGAAUAAAUUGACUCGACUUAGAACCAUUUGAGUUUUGGCAGCCGUAUGAACCGCAGAACGGAAGAAAUGCAACCCUGUAAGAACUCAUGAAUGCUGAAAACCAAUGGAGGAACCCGAAGACAACUAUUCAGGAAACUGCGAUGGAAACCCUUGGCUCUGCAUACCGUUAUCAUCAGAAUUUGCUUGAUUAAGGGAAUGAAAAAAACCGCGCUCUCCUCCCCAGUUUGCGUACUCUGCGCACGAACUCAUAAUGAACAGCAGCAACUCCAGUAAGUCCUAAUACUGCCGAUGUAGACGGCUGGUACAACAGAGGCCGAGAAAAUUGCAGAACGAUAGGCUGACUCGCAGAGGUGAAGGGAUUCAGGGAUAUGUCGAUCAUGAUAAGAUAAAGAAUUUUCUUGCGAUAAUAGAAAAAGCCAUUUGUUUUAAAGUCAAGGAGGCUGGGCUAAUGCUGUGCCGGAAUAGAUCAACCCUCCUGAUGCCUUAGUCACCGUUCCUCGACCACUGGGUCAUGAAUUUUCAGGGCGUCCUAGAUCAUCGGUCGGCACUUCGAAGAGACCACCAAUCGACCUCCUCAAGCGGACACCAAAUACGACUUUGGUUGUCCGCCUUCCCUCUUUGAGACAAGUAGAGUAAUGCAACAGCUGUCCAACCGAAAAUCGCCGAGAACGGACGUCCUACGUGCAGGCGUCUACAAAUGCGGCUAACCUCGCUAGCUUCGCUUUUUCAGGGAUGUGGCAACGAUGACGCCCACCCCCCACCCCAACACCUCAAGUGCGCGACCGUCAUGCACACCUACAAAACACAAGCGGAACCGUAAACCAUGUGCUAACCUCAGUGGCAUCCUACUUAAUUAGCUGAACGCUCAUCUGGAGCACGGAUUUCAUCCAGGAGCACAAUACGGACUUCAAAACCCCGCAGAACCACAGAUAUGAUCUUCGCAGCCAGUUGACUGCUGGAAAAUUGCUAGAAGAUACCAACCAAACUGUGAACUACCACCGAUCCGUCAAAGGCCUUUAAAACAGUUAGGCGUGAUUGAUACAAUAGAAUAAUACAGAAAUUCAAAUGGGAAGUCACAUUUGCGACGGAAUGAUUGUUUCCAUCACGAACGACGAGGCAGUCGGGAUCAUCCGCGGUGACGAAUGGAAUUAAUCAGAACGGUGUGCUCCCGCCCAUACUAUUCGGCCUCAUAUUUUCACUAAUGUUGUUGUUUGCUCAUCGUGAAGAGCGGCCGGAUAUUGACAUCAGUUACCGGGAAAUGUGAAAACUGUUUAACAUCGUUCGCCUCAAAGCAUCUUCAGGCAAGAAGAAAUUCCAUGCACCCACCGUAGCCUAAGUCACAUUACAUUUGAGUGGACGUCCUCUCGAGUACAUUGUGGUUGCUAAUUCAAACAAAUCUCCAGAACAGUCUUAAGAUAACAGUGCUGAUUGCACAUAGUGCAGAAUGUUUGUAUCGGGUCUCAUCGUUGCUGUCUCUAACUCAAGGUGAAGAGGUUGCGGUUGGAUGAUCGUGUUUCCUACGCUUGUGAUCUCUGCUCGGUUACUAUCUGGGUGCAAGCUAUUCGAGAAUGCUGUUGUCCUCAACUGCCCAGAGUCUCGGGGCUUAAAUAGUGAAGUUCAGUAGUACCCGCAGAAACGUUUACGAAACUUUGGCGAAGUGGCCUUCAUCAGAGGAAGUGAAAGCCCCACUGUCACGGUACACGACUGACCUCUCGAACUUGGCUGUUUCUGGCAGUGCAGUGAGGAUAUAAAUGAAGUCGUAAGUCACACAGUCAUGUCUUUCUCAACGUCAACUCCAAACAGUGUAACGCCACUCGGACCGUAUAAACUGCAGCUGGGAAGGCAUGCUCCCCGUAGAACGUUGCCCAUUCUUAAAAUCGAACGGCGCAGAUACAGACUUAUUUUACAGGAGCAAGUGUAAUUUGCUUUUUCUGAGGAAUUUUCUUCUACUGUCAGAAGUCAGUCAACUUUUCCGAGUUCAUCCAUGCGGUAAUACCGCAUAGCUUAUAUAGUCCUUUACAAUUGCGUCUUUUAUGGAAUUUCUGAAGGCCCAAAAUAGUAGAGCAUAGGUUAUAUGUCCAUUGAUUUAAUGGGUAAUGCAAAUAAGUUUGUGAAUACAAUCUAAUUUAAUUUACAAAAAGUUAUGCUACAAUUACAUUGUCAAAGCAUGAUAUUCGGCAAGUUGGAGAUUCACAGAUCGGAAGGCAGGUUACACAGCUAUGUGGACAAACCUUUACCGAGAUGGAGGAUAUACGAAAAACAAUGCAAGUAGCGGCAGUCCCAUCACCAAAAAAACAUUAGCCUACAUGAGUGAGUCCAAACUUUGUUACGCUGCCAUCAGUUAGUGGAGAAAAUCAGUGACCAUUGUCACGGCGUCGCAUGUUGGAGGUUGCGCAACGCCUUUAGGAUGAUCGGAGGCGGCAUUCGUUAGUAGUGGCGCUGGCGACCGCGAGGGCGGGUCGCUACAGCUUACAACUAUGUCGACGGGUCUAGUUGCAUAUGAACAUGUUCCUUAAAAUUAAGGAAUGAUGGAGACUAUCCGCAUCCAACGACCAUAAAAAUUCUUUGUUGGCAUCUUCUCCUUCGUCAUUUGCUGCAAACGAGAUUAGGGUUACUAAAGUCGAACUCCUAACUGAAAGCACCUGAUGAUUCGUCGUCUAAAUCAUUCAUCGAUUUUUUGCCCAGUAGAUGUUUCCCACAUAUCAUCGUGCGGGGCCCCGUGAGUUUCCACACAGUGGUAAUUUGGCAGAUUUAAAAGUCGAAUUUGUGUAAGUAUAAUUUUUUAUCCUUCUGUUCAAUAUGGCAUGCACGGUUCUGCAUUCCUACAGGCUCCAACCUAAUAACCAUCCGUUAUCCAUCUUUCCCUAUUAAAGUAAUUCGUGAAGAAUUUUGCGACACCACACCCAUAUAGGCCUCUAACCGGCAAGUACACCGAACUACUAUCACGUUGUUUGGUAUCAGGCAGUGAAACCGUAAGCAUGAUGUUGGCUUAGCACAUACCCGCAAAUUAUCAGAGAAAGUCUUCAGGCCUAAAGGAAGUCCGGUAUGAACUUAAUGUCAACUUUAUAGACAUUGUAGUCGACAGUCAUCUUUGUGAUGUCCGGUGACAUUAUUCAGUGUUUUCUGUGGUGUGGUCAUUCAUCAUCGUGAUGAGCGGUUCCGGAAAUGCUGACCUUAAAGUUUAACAGAUUACAAUCCGCGAAAUCGCGCACAUUCAGACGGCCACUUCCAUUUAUGGCUCACUGGAUCAUGUGACCUCUCGGCUAAAGCGGCAAACGCUACUUGCACUAAGGAUAUUUGAAAUUGCUUCCCACUUUAUAAAAAUAACCGAGGUGACUGUAUCGUGUUCUCGGACGUGAAUAAACAAUGCAAACACGCGUUCUGACUUUGUCAAAGUUCAUUGCCGCUUAAGGAGGGAUUUGGAGUUCUGCAACCAGUGAUGACCUCCUACAUGUUCUUCAGUUUUAUCAUUGCAACCACGACUUAGCAUGAUGAUUGUUUCUCCCCAAUACGAUCCUACUAUCUUCAGCAACGACAAAACAUAUGAUUUUUGGAAUAGUAUACUAUCCAAUAUUUAGGGUAAUAGGCAAUGCGAUUGGCGACCCUAUUGAAAACGGUACAUACAAUGUUCAUUGUAAACACACAUUUACCAAAAUUUCCCGGUAACAUAUACGCCAACUGAGAAACUUUCUACAGUGUGGAACUGCGGAGAUUACGACAGAAGGUCCUUUCUAUGUACAUUCGCGAUUAUGAGUGCUAUUAUGUACAAUCGGUAGACAACAUAGUCAUUUGUGCAAUUUGCGGGAUUAAUCCAAUCUACCUGUUUAUAAUGCGGCGACACUCACAGAUAACAGCGUAUGCUAACUCCCAUUCGAAUCUUUUGAAUUUCGCCUCAGUUAUCUGUUUUUAGCCACAUAUUUCCCCCCAGUGACUUUCUAUUUACUGCUUUGCACACAUUUUUCUCGUGCUUGGGAUUAGUACCUUGUCUGUCUUCGUCCUUUUUGUUGCUCUUCGUGGUCUUGCCACUCAGUCUUGGCCUGCACGUCAUCACCUGCCUUAAAGAGUUUUUGGUGUCGACCUUUGGUUGUUGCCCAAAUGCACUGGCCUGACCAGAGAGUUUCAGUUUGCAGAUGGUCAUCUGAAUACCUAUAUCGAGUUUCACACCUGUGCGCACCCUUGGAAGAGCAAACAGAACUUCAGGACUUCCGAAAUUUUGAGAAAAACCAUUUUUUACUUGAAUUUCGGAGUCCGGAAUGUGUUACUGAAUAAAUGGUCACGGUGUUGCGUAGAGUGCGGCGCUUUUAAUUAGUUCUUCGGAGCCGCGCCACCUGCGACUCAUGUCAUUUGGGGUAUUCGGUUUCUUUAAGUUUUUGAUUAUAUUCGAGAUGCUUUGCCUCGUUUAAAAAUAAAAUCACAGUUGUCAGAAAUACCCAAAGCGAUCCUAAGGACACAAAACUGAAAGAUUGCGCGAUAGUUGUAGACACGCGGGUUUCUGGUCGCACGACACGUUUUCUUAUAAUUAUAAGAAACGUGCCGGACAUACAUAUCUUAAUAAAUCUCCAUUCACGUAUAUCUUCACGAUAUCUAUUGCUACUGAGUUCCAGCACUGGAGUACCAUCUUCACCGCGAAUAUACUGACGAACGUCUGCCUUGCGGGUUCGUUCAUUUUGCAAAUCGACCAAAAUAGCUUAAGCCAUUUUGGAUAAAAUUGGUCCGUAUUUGAUACCUGUUUAAGUAGUGUUAUAUUUUUUGCAUUUGUAGAGGGACAAAGUUUCCCCAUAAAUCAAUAUAUAAACGCCGUUAAUUUCGUUUUUUACUCUUAUAUUUUUCUGGUAUCAGCUGCAUGUCGAUAUCGACCAGAUUUUGCGUCGAUAUCAACAUGUCGAGAUAGGUAUAUACGCCUGGAUAUCGACUUUGGCCACUUUUUCGAUAUACCCCCGAUAUCGACUUGUCAAGAUUGAGCGAUUUACGCGAAAGAGAUCGUUUUUCUGUGCAAGGUAGAUAAAUAUUUAAACCACAUCCCUUCCUUUGAAUAUAAUGUCCCCUAUUUUACUUCUACUACCAUUUCCUGCCGAAAUGUAAGUUGUUUGAUCGUAUAUUAGCCGGUUCUGAGGACUUUUAACCCAAAACCGAACCCACAUAAACCGUGAAGACAAGCGAGCGGUAUUUUGCGAGUUGUUUAGUAAUUACAUUUGGUAAAUUAGUUCACGCAGAAGCGUGCUCUUAAAUGUCGCUUUCCGACAAAAGAGUAGUAAAAGAGCUUGGGGAGGUGAACCUUCUCACUUUAUCUGAUUCUGCCAGUAGUAAAUAUACCAGCAUUGCGAACAGCAGCGUUUCUCGGUCAAUUCAUGGGCAGCUGUAUUUGCGAGUGCCGAUUUUUUGAUGUUUGGCUACUAUCAUGAUUUCUUCAAAAAUCUGAUCGAUGAGCACAGCCAGAACAUGCAGUAAGCCAGAUUCUUCGACCACUUGAGCCGUCCUUUUCUUUGGAAGGCUUCGAAGGUUAUCAUUCAGCGCCAUAGUGCUGCAACUGUAAAUUAGUAAAAUCGUCGGUCGAGCUGAAAUAUGCUCCCCUAUCAGGUCAGGAGCGGAAUGCCAGCCAAUGUUUCCAUCUGGUUGGCGUGUCUGCGCCGUUUUGGUAAUAGCGCGCCCAAUGAGACUUGGGGAGGUAGCCGUUUCGAACUACUUUUUCGGCAAAACUAGUCUAGUUAUUUGUCUUCCUGCUUUCAACAUCUCACCAAGUCCUCACAACUGAUUUUGAGUUGUCUGAGAGCAUGUUUGUUCAAUUCCUUUUCAAAUACACUGUAUCUCAUCUCUACUUCUCAACACGAAUCUGCUUUCCUCUAAGAAUGGGGUGUUAGUACAUCGGCUGCCAAAUUUGAUUCCAAUUGUGACCCUAGUAAUAUCACUGUCGGUUCGGACGCACGCGCUUUUCUAUCUAAAUCCAAUGCCAAAGCAGUUAUUUUGAACCCAAUAUAUUGUUUAUCUGUCCCUUUUUACUCCCCCAUAUUAUUAUUCUGUGGUAAUUACGUAUAUACACUGAAUCCAUGCGCAAAUCGACCCUUCGAAGGCGGUUAAUUAUCCUUUUGAAGACAGUCGUAUAACAGUUUAUUUCAGUUUCUGCGUUUCUUUUUUAAGUUCCGUUAGUAGAUGA